AUUUAUACCUUUCUCCGCCUGGUUUUCUUUGCUCAGAAAAGGGAGCACCCAAACCAACCAUUUGAUUCAUCCCUAAAGGAUAAAGGGUAAUAGCAUUUUGGAUUACAUAGAAUGGGUGAUUCAGAAGGAACUCCUGUUAGUACUCCUACAACUGAAGAGAUGGCUGUUGGCAGUUUCUUGUCCAAUUUCAUGGAAGAGAAGUCUUAUGGUGCUGUGGUUGCUGUUAUUAUUGCCAUUGCUGUACCAUUGGUUAUUUCUUCAAUGUUUAUGGGGAAGAAGAAGGCGAAACAGAGAGGAGUUCCAGUUCAAGUUGGUGGUGAAGCAGGUUUCACCAUGCGCAAUGUCCGAUCAAGCAAAUUAGUUGAUGUCCCUUGGGAAGGGGCUACAACCAUGGCUGCACUCUUUGAGCAAUCUUGUAAGAAGCAUUCCCAACUUCGGUUUCUUGGUACAAGGAAGCUGAUAGCUAGAGACUUUGUCACUGGUAGUGAUGGGAGAAAAUUUGAGAAGCUACACCUUGGGGAGUAUCAAUGGGAGACAUAUGGGCAGAUAUUUGAGCGUGUUUGCGACUUCGCUUCUGGACUUAUUCAGCUUGGUCAUGACCCUGAUACUCGCAUUGCCAUAUUUUCUGACACUCGGUCAGAAUGGUUAAUGGCAUUUGAGGGGUGCUUCCGGCAGAAUAUAACCGUUGUGACCAUAUAUGCAUCAUUAGGUGAUGAUGCCCUAAUUCACUCUCUUAAUGAGACAAAGGUAUCGACCUUGAUUUGUGAUUCCAAGCUACUGCAAAAAGUGGCUACAGUUAGUUCGAGCCUGAAAACUGUAAAAAAUGUCAUUUACUUUGAAAAUGCUAAUAUUGAAGCCUCCACAAAUAUCAGUGAUUGGAAAAUUUCUUCUUUCACCGAAGUCGAAAAAAUGGGGAAGAAGAAUCCAGUUCCUGCCAAACUGCCUAUCAAGAAAGACAUUGCAGUCAUCAUGUAUACAAGUGGCAGCACAGGGUUACCAAAGGGGGUGAUGAUGACACAUGGGAAUGUAGUAGCAACUGCAGCUGCGGUUAUGACUGUAAUCCCAGGAAUUGGGACCAGUGAUGUCUACUUGGCAUACUUGCCAUUGGCUCAUAUAUUUGAAUUAGCUGCUGAGACUGUGAUGAUAACUGCAGGUAUGCCAAUUGGUUAUGGUUCAGCACUGACUUUAACAGACACGUCUAAUAAAGUUAAAAAAGGGACCCAGGGAGAUGCUUCUGCUUUGAAGCCGACCUUAAUGGCAUCAGUUCCAGCCAUUUUAGAUCGUGUCCGAGAUGGAGUAGUAAAGAAGGUUGAGGAAAAGGGAGGUUUGACUACAAAACUUUUCAAUAUAGCCUUCAAAAGACGGCUGAUGGGAGUACAAGGAAGUUGGCUGGGGGCAUGGGGGUUAGAGAAGAUACUGUGGGAUGCCAUUGUUUUCAAGAAGAUACAGUCUUUACUUGGAGGAAAAAUCCGUUUCAUGCUCUGUGGUGGUGCUCCUUUAGCUGGAGAUACCCAGCGAUUUAUCAAUGUCUGCAUGGGGGCUCCAAUUGGCCAAGGAUAUGGGCUGACGGAAACAUGUGCUGGAGCUGCUUUUUCUGAGGCGGAUGACAGCUCUGUUGGGCGUGUUGGUCCACCUCUUCCUUGUGCCUAUAUUAAGCUCAUUUCGUGGGAUGAAGGUGGGUACUUAACAUCAGACAAACCGAUGCCACGAGGUGAAGUUGUAGUUGGUGGCUUCAGUGUGACUGCUGGUUACUUCAACAAUGAGGAAAAAACCAAUGAAGUUUAUAAGGUUGAUGAAAGUGGGAUGCGUUGGUUCUACACUGGGGACAUCGGAAGAUUUCACCCUGAUGGAUGCCUUGAAAUCAUUGACAGAAAGAAGGAUAUUGUAAAGCUUCAACAUGGAGAGUACAUCUCCUUAGGGAAGGUUGAGGCAGCACUUGCAUCAAGCAAGUACGUCGAAAAUGUAAUGUUACAUGCAGAUCCCUUCCACAGUUAUUGUGUUGCCUUAGUUGUCCCUGCACGCCAGGUUCUUGAGAAUUGGGCACAAAGUGCGGGUAUUAGUUACAAAGAUUUUGCUGAGUUGUGUGGCAAAAAAGAAGCUGUCUCCGAGGUUCAGCAAUCUCUUGCCAAGGUCGCGAAAGAAUCGAAGUUGGACAAGUUUGAAAACCCAGCGAAGAUCAAGUUGAUGCCGGAUCCAUGGACUCCGGAAUCGGGAUUAGUAACAGCUGCUCUCAAGUUAAAGAGGGAACAACUGAAGACCAAAUUCAAGGAUGAUCUGCAAAAGCUAUAUGACUGAUUUGCCCCUUUUCUUGUUCCGGUAAGGUGUAGCUCUACAAGGCCAUACGCUUUCUCGUUUCUUUAACAUUUUUUGAUUUCGUCGUUUAUACUUUACAAGAUUCAUGUGUUGAUCUUCGCUAGUUUUCUCUUAUAAUGUGUCUUUUGAAUACAAAAUGAUUGUUUUUCGGUUGAAUACUUUCGGGUUUAAUCAAUACUUGAUUGAUUUCA